AUGUCCCAACCUCCCUGUGACUGCCCAAACACAACAGUUUACAAUCCGAACAGCACCUAUAGAGCCAACGUCAACUUCCUACUCUCCACUCUCACCUCUAACGCCACCGUUGCCACCGGUUUUUACAACUGCACUGCCGGCCGUGACCCACCAAACAUAGCCUACGGCCUCUUUCUCUGCCGCGGCGAUGUCACACCAAAUGAUUGUCAACAGUCUAGAUCAAUCGUUUGGUACGACAAAUGUUUGUUACGUUUCUCAAACCAACCUAUCGUCCUCCUUUCCGAACAAAACAUCAUGAUAACUUCUUCUAAUCCUGAAACCAUUACGGAUCAAGUAGAGAAGUUUAAGCAGUUGUUGGGAGAGAUGAUGAAUGAGAUAGCCACCGAGGCUUCAAAUGAUCAAUCGGGCAAGAAGUUUGGUACCAAACAAGCCAACUUCACGGCACUGCAAAACCUGUAUGGACUUGUGCAAUGCACACCUGAUUUAACGGGUUCUGAUUGCAAUAUUUGCCUUCAAGAUGCAAUCUCAACUCUCACAAGUUGCUGUGAUAGGAAGAGGGGCGAGAGUUUUGUUUCCAAGCG